UUAAGGAUAUAUAUAUGCGAGUGGCAGUUGAUGGUCACAGUUCGGGGUUUAGUCGCCAUGUCGCCACACUGGUUAGCGGUCGGCCUCCUCUUCGCUGCCUCGCUCGGACAGGCCGAGCGGAAAACGGGGAAGGAUGCUACCGAUCUUCCGCCUAUCAUUACCGAGGGUCCUGACAUUUUGUACAGCGAGAGGUCAGCAGAUAAGGAUCGGAACGUAGAGAAUAACGGGACUGAACACCUUACAUUACCCGGGAAUAAUCAUGGCGACGAGGGAGACGACAUCUUACUCACGGAGGAACAGCUCGCCGCAGCUAACUUGAGCAGAUCGUCGGAAGAAUUGCUCGAGAAACUGGGGGACACGAUGCUGACCCCGGAGCAGCUAGCCGCCAUCCUCGACAGGAAAGCGAUCACCGACGUCACCAAACACUGGCCUGAUGUCAACGGCUUCCCUCACAUUCCCUAUACCUUUGAGGACGACUUGGUUGACAAGGCAGCCGUCCGGAGCGCCAUCCAGCACUGGAUCGACAACACCUGCCUCACCUUCACCGAGGUCCCGAACACCAGCACUGGAGAACGCAUUAAGUUCAUCCGUCACUCAUCCGCCUGUAACUCUUACGUGGGAAUGGUCAGCGGCAGCGCAGGACAGAUCAUCAACGUGCCCGUGUGGUGUGAGCAGUCGUUUGGCAGUCUGGUGCAUGAGGUCGGGCACGCCUUGGGCUGCUGGCAUGAGCAAUCAAGGUCAGACCGAGAUGCAUACAUCAUAAUUCUCACACAAAACAUCAGGGCAGCGGCGCUUCAUAACUUUAACCUCUGGACGACCAACAAUUAUGGUGUGCCGUAUGACUAUACCUCUAUUAUGCAUUACGGUGGGCAGGGCUUUUCUCUGAACGGCCGCAAUACUAUCGUGACCAGAGACCCGAGGUUCCAAGCUGCAAUUGGCCAGCGCGAAGGCCUCUCCCACAUGGACAAGCUCUUAGUAAACACCAUGUACGGCUGUACUGACAAACUCCUCAUCACGUGCGGACUAGCUAGUGAUCCCUGUCAGAAUAAUGGUUAUUUGGGAAGUAAUUGCACGUGUGUGUGUCCUGAUGGAACUUCAGGGAGCCAGUGCGAGACAGUUGAUACGCUCUAUAAUGAUUCUAUUCUAUAUUUCAACACCGAGAUCGUCACCGUUGAGAAAACCGUUAAAACCGUGAACUACCCUAAUCCUUACCCUCAUGAUUCGGAUUUCGUCAAAUGGAUAAUCGCCCCUGAGUGUAAUGAAGUAAAGCUGACCUUCACGGUAUUCGACGUGUACCAAGCGACUUUACGAACGAUAGACGGCGUUAGCACACUCGGCUGUUGGUACGAUGCCCUAGAAAUCAGGACUACUAAUGCAUCGGAAGGGCAGUGGUUCUGUGGGACGGAUAUUUCGCCUGGCCAAGUGUUCCAGUCAGUUGGAGGGGAAAUGAUUCUUUAUUUCAAAGUUGGGACAAAUUUCAAAACCGGUUGGUCGGCUGACAUCACCUUUGUUCCAAUUCCUUCCUGCAUGACUUCCACCACGACUACAAGUUCCAUUACAAGACCGCCUACAACUACAUCUUCAACUACAAGUAGCUCUACAACAGCCACAAGCACAUCAACAACCACAAGCACAUCAACAACCACAAGCACAUCAACAACCACAAGCACAUCAACCACAACAACAAGAUCAACGUCAACAACUACAACAACAACAAGCACAUCAACAUCAACAACAAGCACAUCAACAUCAACAACUACAACAACAACAAGCACAUCAACAUCAACAACUACAACAACCACAAGCACAUCAACAACUACAACAACCACAACCACAACGGCCUCGGUUGAUGAGUGUACCAUAUACACUGAAAACGGCCGGACUUACUUCAUUUCUCCAAACUUCCCUGACGAUUAUCCACCAAACGCGUACUGUAACCUUUCAGGAAUUACAGAGGAGCUCGCCACAGUGAAGUUGUACAUCAAGAUUCUUCGGCUGCGUGCUGGCGACACCCUCGAGAUCCAGAACCCUUACACGCCGCCGCUAACCCUGUCAGGGAAAAGAAGUCGAUAUAGGAACAUCAUCCCCAGUGCACAAUUCCUCGCUACUUUCACGUCCAAUGCUGUCGGAGAGUGGAAGGGUUUCCAUGCAAGGUUCACGCCGAGGACCUCCUCUUGCCACCAAGUCCUCUCCGCCAGCCCCGGGGGAGUCAUCAAGUCGCCGAGAUUCCCCCUCAGGCACCCGAGGAGGAAGUACUGUGAAUGGAAAAUCAUGGCAUCGGAAGGCUCCCAAAUUCAGCUGACCUUCACGGAAAUGCGCCUGGGAACCCACGCUCGGAACUUCGUGGCUGUGAACCCAACCACCGACCCUUACUACGCCCCUGGCUCCGUCUUCUCCUUCAACGGCUUCGCACUCCCGCCGGACGUCACUUCGGACUCGAACCUUAUGAGGAUCUUCUUCUCCGGCAAGAGGAGGAGCAGGGGCUUCAGGCUGAUUUAUAGUGAGGUUUAGAGAAAGGGGGGAAAGAGAAGAAGAGGAGGGAGAAAAGGAGGGUGGUUGAAGGAGGAGAAGAGGGGAAGAGGGAACUAAAGAGGGGGAAGAAGGAGAAGAGAGAAAACAGAAGGGAAAUAAUGACAGACAAAAAAGAAAACGAGGGAGAAGAAAGGGGAAAGUAGAAAUAAAAACAAGGGAAAGGGGAGAAAAAAUGAAAGAGGGGAGAUGAGAGCAAAAUGAGUUGGGAAGAGGACGGAAAAUUAAUUUUAAGUGAAAGAGUAAUAUUUGUUAUUGGUUCGAUAGUUUCAUUAUUUGGGUUUGAGAUUUCGAUGUGAUGGUCACCUUUCUCCAGGUUUCGAGCGUAAAUAUGCUCACGCAGUUGUACACGCACAGCUAAAGUGGCUUCGGGACGUGCAAGGUAUUUAUCUGAUGAAUUAUUACAUAUGUAUUUUAUCAAAAUUAAUCAUAUUGAA